AUGGGCUCAAAUGAUUGGGGUCACCGCUCGGUCGGCCACUCGGCCUCGUCUCCUCUUUCUCCUCCCCUUUCCUCCCCCACUGCUCCGUUAGCUGCUGCAGCUCCAAUGUCGUAGGCUCAGCUUAGCUUCCCAGCUAUAUACGCUUGCCCUCGCCCACCCUACCACCACCACCACUGCCACUGCGCUACCGCCACCAGUCCCGUCCUCCUCGAUCACCACUCCCUCCUCUUCGUCUUGCCUCCAUCUGCAGCCGGUAUCUAUACCUCGGCAGAAAACGGAAGCUGCAUCUGCUCGCAUCUCCGUUCUGGCAAGCCUGGUCGAUCAGAGGAGGUGACAGGGUCGGUCCGUCUCGUCCAGCGCUCAGAUCUGAGGCGUGAGUGGCGCGGAGCAGGUGGAAGGCAUGCAAGGCGGAGGCGCGGCGGCGGCGGACGCGCCGCGGCCGAGCCGGUACGAGUCGCAGAAGCGGCGUGACUGGCACACGUUCGGGCAGUACCUGCGCAACCACCGGCCGCCGCUGGAGCUCGCGCGGUGCAGCGGCGCGCACGUGCUGGAGUUCCUGCGCUACCUCGACCAGUUCGGCAAGACCAAGGUCCACGCACUGGGCUGCCCCUUCUUCGGCCACCCGUCGCCGCCGGCUCCGUGCCCUUGCCCGCUCAGGCAGGCCUGGGGCAGCCUCGACGCGCUCGUUGGCCGCCUCCGCGCCGCCUUCGAGGAGCACGGGGGCCGUCCCGAGGCCAACCCCUUCGGUGCGCGCGCCGUGCGCCUGUACCUCCGCGAGGUCCGCGACAGCCAGGCCAAGGCGCGCGGCAUCGCCUACGAGAAGAAGCGCCGGAAGCGGCCGGCCCCGUCGAAGCAGCAGCCCGCGGCGGAGACGCCUCCGACCCUGACUCCCACGUCCUCGCCGGCCCUGUCGGCCGCAGCGAGCAAGAGAGACGACGUUCGGCCCGUGCCGGAGGCUGGGCAUCACUUCUUCCUCCCGCACCCGCAGUACCUGCACGGUCAUUUCAGCUUGGUGCCUGGCAACCCCGAAGCGGUCGCUGGCAAUGGCAGCGGCAACUCCAACGGCGGCGGCGGCAAUGGUGAUGAGAUGGCGCUGGCGCUGGCGGCGGCCGCGGAGGCGCACGCGGCAGGUUGCAUGCUGCCGCUGUCCGUGUUUAACGAGCCGACGGCGCCGUACGUAUAGCAAAGCGAGGUAGGGCUUAGCCAGUUAAUCUGGAGGUUUAUCUAGUGUUAAAAUUGGUCUCAUCGUGAUGGAUUAACAAUGGAUGGAUCAACACGUACGUGCUGUUCUUAUGGGCGAUCUCUUGUCUAUUUAAUUUGGUUAAUAUUCCCGCUGUGCUACUGGGUAAUCGUAGUACUUGGUACUGUAGGGUUUGCAGUAAGCUGCACUUGGUUUGUGUAUGCAGUGAUGCUCUGCUACCGACGAUAAAGUUCUUGAAUCUCUCUUUGAUUAAUAUUAAAUCUCGUUUUGCUCUCGUCCCUCUUUUUAGGUGUUCUUUAUGCUUCAUUUCUUC